AGAGCAGCCAGGGCAAGGCAGCAGCCAACAUGACAACCAGCCAGAAGCACCGGGACUUUGUGGCCGAGCCGAUGGGUGAGAAGCCGGUUAGCACGUUAGCAGGGAUUGGCGACGUCCUUGGCAAGAGGCUGGAAGGCAAAGGGUUUGACAAGGCUUAUGUCGUGCUGGGCCAGUUCUUGGUGCUGAAGAAGGACGAAGACCUCUUCCGCGAGUGGCUGAAGGACACGUGCGGAGCCAACGCCAAACAAUCCAGAGACUGUCACGGGUGCCUGCGCGAGUGGUGCGACGCCUUCUUGUGAAGGUGG